UACCGUCCCGUGUUCCAAGUACACGCUAUAGCCAACUUGUGUUUUUCGUUUGCACCUCAUACCUCGAACCAGACCUACGUUGUUAUGCGCACUUUUAAUCGACCAUAGUAGGAGAAAAAGGAAAAAAAUUAAUCAUAUAGACAAAAAGCAAACAAAAAGUUAGGUACCAAAAUGUACGACAGGUAACCGGAUGCAAUUAUCCCUGUAGAAGUCAUGUUCGAGAUGAACGGCUUUGUGUUCGUGAAUGUCCAUUUCGCCUGUUUAAUGUUUAUGUUGAGUUGUUUUACUUCAUCAAGUCCCCAGCUUGUCAUCAAUAUAAAAAAUCAGGGCGGAGAUGUUCUGCAGGAAGUCUUAGCUUCAAAUGUUAGUGAAGAUGUUGUGGAACUAGAAUACCAAAGAGCAGAUGGAACUAUAGUCACACAGCUACUAGAUUUUCGGAGGGAGGUGCAAAUCUACCGCCUCCUGAUUCUAGCUGAGGAGGAACAGCUAUUCAUGAAGGGUUUACAGCCCCCGUAUUACCAGGCUGUUUGUUUUGCAUCCAAAUUAUCUAAACAGGACUUUAUUGCUGCAGAUGCAAUUGCCAAACUUCGGCAGAAAAACCCACACACAGUAAGGUACCCAGAGGAGGAUAAUGGUCAUGAAAAUGCCACAUUUGAAUACAGUUUGGAUAUCUCAAGGUCUAAGGUUAUAUCUAACCAUAUUCAACCUUUAUGUGUAGAAGCAAAAACAAUCUAUGUUCAGGAGGCAGAUUUGAAAGUAUGGGCUGCUAUUGGUAAUCCCAAUGAAGCUAUCAUGGUUCUCGACGCUGCACAGCACAUGGUACGGCCAGCCAGCCGAUGCAAAGAUGUUUCUAUUACAAACACAAACUCGAGCUCAAUGUCUUGCCAAUGCCGUUUGAAUUUUUGUGUCCCAUGGUACCCAUGUGGUCUAAAAUUCUGUCGCGGACACGAUCAGCAAACCGGAAAGGCUCUUAGCUAUCGAUGUGGCAUCAAGACAUGUAAAAAGUGCCUCAAUUACGCGUUUCCUGUGAAGAAUUUACAAUUCUGCCCGUGGGACGAUUAUUAAAACUAGCGCCAAAUCGUUUUUAUACGAGAAAAUUCAAGUAUUGAACAAAGUGCCUCGUGAAGCUUUAAUUAUUUUAAAGAUAGAAUCAGGUGACAGCCAAUUGCGCGUGUUCCAGUCUUCCAGCACUGUGUCGUGGAUGCACAUCGGUCCUUGACGGGUAUAUCUUUCUGUCAACCUUAUAAUUUACUGAUUAAUCCUGCUUCGUUGCUUUCGUAUGUACCACUUAUAAUUUAAAAGGCAAUUUUACAAAAAUAAUAAUAAUAAAAUUCAAUUCAACUCA